CUCUGCCUGACGAGCACCUGCCACUUGAAAUGCAUUGAAAGUGAGACGCCAACCUGUGGUGAUCUUGAUUUCUGUAGACUCUGCCUACCCUCUCUAGAAAUACAUUCUGGCGAAAGCCAAAAUGACAACGAUUGGAACGUCGAUCGUCAAGGCUAUCGACAACCCUGUCGGUUCGACACGACCUCCCAGUGUUGCCCAGUCGGCUUCUUUCACGGGACAUCGGCCCGUCACGCCCCCAGCGUCAAUUCAGGGAGCUCCAGCUUCGGAACGACCGCGUAUGAUUGUGUUGGACGAUUUAGAUGUUCUCAUUGCUCCAAGUCCGGAUGCUGCGAGGAUCUUGGCACAAGUAUUGGCCAUUUUGAUGGACACUUGCAACGUAUUGGAAGGAUUGGAUAGGGGACGUGGCCCUCCUACCGUUGUGAUAUCGAUGCAAGUGCCAGAAUUUCAGUCGAAAUAUGCACCAGUUUGGUCUCAUUUUGUUUCGGUCCACCUGGAAAUUGAAGCCGUCGAAGAAGAAUGUCCCACACUUACACAAUGGCAACUCAUGGAGGGUGAAGACAUGGUAGUCAUAAGUGCGUGGGCAAUACAGCGCAAACCCAUGCAGAAAGGGGACGAUAAGGUUGCCUCGUCGAUAGCGAUCAAAUUCGCCAUGGUGCAAACACCGCAAGGGAAUUAUAUUCGAUGGAAGGAGGACUCGAAAGAGGAAAAGCACAUUACGUAG